AAGUCCUUGGUUAAAAUACAAUUUCGGUGCUCAGCUGAUAUGUUUGUUGGUCGUAACUUGAGGGCGCACUUUCAAAACAACUUGGUCUAGUCACUGACUCAUCCAAUGAAAUGACGUGCGAAGUAAUCAGCGGAAAUCAGGGAUCCUGUGAAGACAAGUACACGUGCUCACAUGGGACAUGUAUACGUAAAUGGGGUGGGGGUAAAUAAAAAAUCGUUCAAAGUUUUUGCGGAGGAAGGGACGGAUCAUUUGUAUGAAAAUGGCAGCUGAUGUCGAGCAGGAAGAAAAGUCAGAGAUCGUCGAGGUUUUUGCGACCAAGAACAGGGGCCGCGGUGUUCGCGUUACGAAAGACGUGAAAGCUGGUACAUUAUUGCUGACAGAGAAACCGUUCGAGUUUGUUCUUCAGAAUACCGAGAGAGGAUACUACUGCGAUCAGUGUCUCACCAAAAGGGAUGAAAUUUUACACAAGUGUUCAGCCUGCAAGUUUGCAUAUUACUGCAACAAAGAUUGUCAGAGGGCAGCGUGGACAUCUCAUAAACUCGAAUGUGAGGGGAUUAGCCGUGUUACUCCCAAUGUCCCUUCAGACCAUAUCAGACUGAUGGGGAGGCUGUGGCGAAAGAGAAAGAAGCAACAAGCACCUGCACUGAACGGAUCAUCCACGUUUCCAACCCACAUAGACCAGCUCCAGUCAGGUACGUUGGUGAAGGCUCUGUGUAAGUCCAAUAUUUCAGCAUUCAAGAUCCUCUUGCUUCAUGCUGCUGUACUUGAGUAAAGUUGCUGAAAGUGUGUUGGGAGGGUAAGGUAGUGUUUUCACCCCUCGCCUACCACGGACAA